AUAUUUGAUCAAAAAAGGUAAAUAUGCGUAACUGUGUCUUGUGAUGGUGUGUCAUGGGAUGUGCCUUGCUACAGUUGCAAGAACAGAAACAUGCCAGGGGGAACACCUAAAGGAAAUGCUGACUAAUGACUGAUUAAUGUAUCAAGAUGCAGUGAUGUCAGGAUAAGAGGACAAUUAGAGUUGAAAAGUGACUGGUUUUGCUGUGGCAGUAGUGGUAUAUUAACCAAAGGCGUAUGCUAUGACUCCUUGAGUGUCAUAAACCUGAACCUUUGCACUGCAUAUUUUUUUAAGUGUGUUUUAUUGACCAGGCUCAUACAUUGUUAAGUGCAUGCACAAGUGAAUAUGAGAAGGAGAGUGUGCAAACACAAAACAGCUCCAGAGAAAUUAGUAAACCUAAAGUAACGGCUGGCGAAACAUGGCCACUAAAGAAAUACAGAGACAAGGGCCAGGACAGCCGCUCUCAGAACUCCGGAUUAUUCUCAUUGGAGGAAGAAACUCUGGAAAAAUGUGCGUGGGAAACACAAUCAUAGGUGCAGAGGAGUUUGUCACACGAGAGCGAACCACCUGUCUGAGGAGACAGGCCAAGGUUUUGGGCAAGCAUGUUAUUGUCACUGACACCCCGGGCUGGUGGUGUGACUUCCACGCUAGCGACACCCCAGAGCUUGUGAAGAAGGAGAUUGUUCGUAGUGUAACACUGAGCCUCCCAGGUCCGCACAUUUUUCUUCUGGUCAUCAAAGUAGACUCGGCCUUUACCGAGAAGCGAAGACGGGCUGUUCAAGAGCAUCUCGAACUUCUUGGCGAGGCGGCAUGGCGCCACACUUGUGUUAUAUUCACAAAAGGAGAACACUCAAAUAAGGUUGCAAUUGAAAACCACAUCAAAAGGGGAGGGAGACCCUUGGAGUGGAUCCUUGAGAAAUGUGGCAAGAGGUAUCAUGCCCUUUACAUUAACUGUGGGCAUGAUAUGACACAAAGUGUGCAUCUAUUGGAGAAGAUAGAGGUGAUGAUAGCAGGAAUAGGUGGGCUCUAUUUUGAGAUGGACCAACACAUUCUGCGAGAAGUGGAGGACUGCAGGUCUGGCACGGUUCUGAGGGCCCAACAGCGAUGGAUGAGGGUGAAAUCCCAAAGGUGCCUGCUCAGUGGUCAGUCAAAACCCUUGGACAAACUGAGUCUUGUUCUAUUGGGUGCAAGGGGAUCGGGGAAAAGCUCUGUGGGGAAUACCAUUAUUUCUGGACAGGAAGAGUUUAACAGAAAGAGGCGAACAGCUCACUGUGUAACCAAAACAUGCAGAGUGUCAGGGAGGCAAGUCUCCCUGGUGGACACCCCUGGCUGGUGGAUGAACUACUAUGCACAAGACUCACCAGCGUCCAUGAAACGGGAGUUGAUGCGAAGUGCGCAUCUGUGUCCCCCUGGUCCGCACUGCUUUCUUCUCGUGGUGCGUGUGGACAAGGCCUUCACUGUUAUGUAUGCAAGAGCUUUACAGGAACAUGUGGAACUCCUCAGCGAAAGAGUAUGGAACCACACUAUUGUUUUAUUCAGCUUUGGUGACUGGCUGGGAGACACAACCAUUGAACAAUACAUUGAGAGUGAAGGAAGAGCCAUCCAGUGGCUGGUUGAGAAAUGUGGUAACAGGUAUCAUGUUUUCAACAACAAAAGCAAAGGAGAUGGGUUCCAAGUCACUAUGAUGCUGGAGAAGAUUGACGAAAUGCUGGCAGGAAACAGUGGUCACCUUUACGAGAAAGAUGAGAAGAUAUUUAUGGAGUUGGAAAAGAGGAGAAAGGCUGACAAAGGAAGGGCAAGAGACAGAGCAAUGAAAGUUGGGAAACAGCGAAAGGUGCUGAGAUCACUUGUUGAGAUGGUCAAAGUCCCCACUGACCUGAAGAUCACAUUGCUUGGGGAAAGACACUCUGGCAAGAGUGCCGCUGGAAACACAAUCCUGAGCAGAGAGGAGUUUGAAGUUGGUGGCCAUGACAUUGAUUUGGUUGAAAAAAAGGGAGAUGUGGCUGGAAGAGAGUUAACAGUCAUAAAGGUUCCAGCAUUGGACUCUGUGGCCCUGGAGAAAUACAACUUUAUUGAGGAACUAUCGCUUCAUGCCCAUGGGUGUGGUGUCCUCCUGUUAGUUGUGAACUGUAGUUCCUCAUUCCACAAUGUGGAAUUUAAAGCAACAGUGUCACGCCUGUCUGCACUUGGGAAACAGCUGUGGCAUCGCACCAUGGUUCUUUUCACCAAUGGGGACUGGCUGGGAGGCACCACCAUAGAGCAGCACAUUGAGAGUGAAGGGGAACCACUUCAAAAGCUGGUUGAGAACUGUGGAAAUAGAUACCACAUUCUGGACAACAAGAACCGAGAUGACAGAGGCCAAGUGUCAGAGCUUCUGGAGAAAAUUGAGGAAAUGCUUGUGCUGGUGAGGCUCAAGGACCAAAAGUACAAGGAUGCUGUAGAUGCAACUGUUAUGGGACUUUCAGCAAAGUUAGAAAAGCUUAAGACAAAUAAUAAUGCAGGCACACCUGAGGGCAUCUCUCUCUCACAAGACAGGUGUCCCAUGGAGAGAGCAGGAGUUUUUAAUAAUUUGGGUGUUUCUGAGUCUCCAAAUGUAUCGGAUAUCACCCCUGCACAAGAAAGACCUCAUGGACUGGCUAGGCCUGCAGGUGAACGAUGCAUAUGUGACGCAAUGGUGGCAGCGAGAAGCUCUUCAGCGGUUAUACAGAUAAAUGACGGUUGGCAGUGGCCCUCAGUGAAUGCCGGAAGAAGGGUGCUGGUAGCAAAUGUUCCAGAGUGGUUGUGCUCAGGGGUCUCACAGGGCCCUAGAGGGUUGGGGUCAAAUGGCUGGACUCCUGUCUCCACAGAUGGGAGCCUUGCUUGGCUUGUGGUCACUCCAGUUUCAAAAAGGCAAUCUCGCAUGCUGCUUGGAAAAGAAGAUGCUGAACACAUGGCUGACUGUGUUGAAAGCCCAUCGUCCCCUACUAAGCAACAUGACCAAAGACACCUGAAAGAAUUUAUCAAGUCAGGAAGCCUCCAAGCACUAAUAGAUGAAUGGGGAGACAGUAAUAUCGAGGAGCUAGAGGCCUUCAUAGACUCUUACUUAGAGAUGGUCUUGCAGGAAUCAGUAGAAUCAGCCUUAACAGAGCCGAGCAGUUCUGACACCAGCAGCUCUAUCAAACAUGCUGGUGUGAGUGUGGUUGAAGCUUGCCAUGAGGUUCUAUCAUCCAUUGACAGGAAACUCUCUAAGCUUGGUUUGAUUGAUGGGAUGCAAAGGGACUUACAGGAGCUGAAGUCCACUUUGGAGCGGAGCAGCAAGAUCAUCCAGGAUCUUAUGGACCCAGGUAGACAAACGGCAGACAACUCAGUGUCCAAACAGGCAAAGAGACAAUGUGAGGACAACACCUUAGAAAUAAAAGAAAGAUAAAGUAUGGACUCUUCCUAAUAAGACAGCUUUUUGACAAGACGGUUUUCGAUUUUUGAUAAUACGCCCCCCAAAACAGACGGCACACAUUUUUCAAUCAGAAUAGUUAAUCGGAAUGACAAAAAAUUACUGCUUUAGGUUAUUAUCUAUCAUGCAAGAUUUGGAAGAUUUAUCCAACUAACUUGAUUAAUUACACAUGCUUUUUCAUAAGCCAAUUGGAUUGUAUUAAUUGACCUGCCUGUGUUUUUCAUACUUUUGCUGUCAUUAUUAGGCCAUUGUGUAGGAGUAAGACAUUGAAAAUAUGUAUUGUGAAAAGAUUGCCCUGAUUUAAAGUAAACAAAUUUAGUAUUUAGUCUAGUUGCUAUAGUCUUUUAGGCUACUUAGCCUAAAUUUCAUGAGCCAUUUCUAGGCUAUAUUGUAUGUAUAUAGGAUAGCUGUGUUUUUUUUGUUGUUUUUUGGAGGGGUUUGUUUGUCUUUUCAAAACAAUCUCAAAUAAAGCUUGUUUCUUAAUUAUUAA